GUAGAAGCAUCUUCUAUAGAUGUCACCCAGUUUGCACUGGGUUUUGUCUGUGAUGAUGAAUAUGGAGGUAUAAGGGAAAUUGUUCUGGAGAUCACUCUCCACAGUUCCCUUGAUUCGGCAAACGGAGAACAGAAGUUCCUUUGUGAGGUUUCUCGGCUAUCAGUUCUUUCUAAGAUUCUUGAGAGCGUGGAAAGGGACAUAAAUAUCACUCAAUUUUCUUCUCCAGCAUUUAGUGAAUCUUCUUCUUCUCUGUCUGGUGCUCUUCUUGAAACAUCAUUUCGGCAAAACGAUGUAAUCAGUUCAGGUGGUAGCACAAGUGUUUCAGCAGAUUUUGGUUCUCAAAGAGAAUUUCCUGCAAACAGCGAUUUACAGGAAGAAUUUCACUCCCGUUAUAAAAACUAUAUUUUGGAAGACCUACGUGUCUCUGCGUCUGUGAAGAAGCGAGAAAAUACCGGUCACCAGUUUAGUCAGGCAUGGGUCGGCGGUUGUUCUGUUCUGGGAUUCGAUAUUACCAUUUCUCUGUCAGAAUUGCAGAUGGUACUUUCUAUGCUUUCAUCAUUUGCUGCGUUACCUGGAGGAGAAAGCACACAUGCUUCUUUAGAAAGGCCUUCUUCGUUCAACAGCGAAUCUGAAAGAAGUUUUGAGUCUGUAGUUCCCGAUGGAGCCAUUGUUGCUAUUCAAGAUACAAACCAACAUAUGUUCUUCUCAGUGGAAGAAAGGGGGGACAAGUGUGUUGUGACUGGUACCCUUCAUUAUUCUCUUGUCGGAGAAAGAGCUCUUUUCAGGGUCAGCUACCACCGCCAUCAAGGAUGGAAUUCAUCUACCUUAUGGUUUUCCUUGACAUCUUUGUAUGCUAAAAACAAUAAAGGAGAACCAUUACGGUUAAACUAUCAUUCAAGCUCAGACCUUGUGAACGUCUCUGGACUUUACGACAAUGCACCAGCACUCUUUCGAGCAUCUUUUGGCGAAUCCGGAAAUUAUAAGGGUGACAUUGACUGGGAGACCUACCGUAAAUUGGUCAAAGAUAGAUUUUACCUUGUCAACAAGAAGAGUGAUUCAGCUGUUGCAUUUAUUGAUGGUUUUCCAGAAUUUGUCCGGAAGCCAGGAAGUCCAUUCAAGUUUAAAGUGUUUAGUGAAAGUUUGGCGACUCGGAAUAUUACACCUGCGGUUUCCUCUGAGAUCCAUGAGUCUGAAACGCAAUCUAUGAUGGACUCUUUCCCCCCUUCUAUUACCAUCACAAUUGAUGGGGUAUCUCUGACCAUUGUCCAUGAACUCUCAGAAACAAGGGACAGAUUUCCCCUUUUUCGUGGUUCAAUCAAUAUCACUCAGCUCACUGUACAAAUGCUAUCUUCUAAGGCCAGGAUUAUGAGCACAUUAAACAUACUAGUGCUGUACUUUGAUGCUCAAACAAACCAAUGGCGAGAAUUAAUUCAUCCAGUUGAAGUUAGUGCCUUCUACCGUUCAACUUUUCAGACUAAGGAUCUUAGAAAUACUAUGCACAAAGUACCUACCCAUAUUUAUUGCAGAGUUGAAAGGUUGGAGGUCUUUGUAACCGAGCUGUCGUUAGAUAUGCUCCUUUUUGUGCUUGGAAAACUGGAGUUUGCUGGUCCAUUUUCUUGGAGAACCUCCUCUAUUCUUUCCAAUUGUUGCAAGGUAGAAAACCUCUCUGGCCUUGACCUUAUUUGUCGUUUCAAUGAGAAGCAGACUGCCACAGUUGGUAGGAAGCAGACUGCUUCGAUUUUUCUUCGGCAUUCAAUGAACAAUCAACCAGAAGCUUCUCCAGUGGCUGCGGUCCAGCUAUCUUCUGGAAAGUUCCUAACCUCUUCCAUCAACGUUUCUUUGUUAGAAGCAAGAACACUAGCUUGGAGAACAAGGAUAGUAUCACUUCUAGAUUCGAGGAGUCAUCCUGGACCGUUUGUUGUUGUUGAUAUUAAGAAAGGAUUUGAGGAUGGUUUAUCAAUCUCAGUUUCUCCUUUGACAAGGAUUCAUAACGAGACCAGUCUUCCAAUGGAGAUACGUUUUCAACGAUCUAAACAGAAGAGAGACGAUUUUGCUUCUGUACCUCUGAAGCCUGGUGGUUCAAUUGAUGAUUCAGUCGGAGCAUUUAAUGCCAUAAGCUUAUCAGGAGAUUUGAAGAAGGCAUUGACAUCCUUAGCUGUUGGUAUGUUUGGAUAG